AUGUCGGACUCUGGUUACAUUGCUCUAGGGAGCGAUAUAUCUGCACGGAGAGAAGGCGACAUCAACGAUUUACGCCCCUCAAUCAUCGAGGAAGACGACUCGAGUCUCAGUUCGACCGGCACCGAAGUUUUCGAUCGAGACUCUACUGGUCUAGACCAAAAAGACAAAUGGCAGCUCGAUAGUAACGGCAAAUGGCAGCGAUAUGGUUCAUUGGAGUCGACCGCCAGUACUGGCAUCUCCUCCAUGUCCUCGUCCGUUGCCGCCGAUGACGCUCUCGCUGACAACAUAACUGUCGCUCAACCAUCUAGAAAGCGAUGGAUCGAUGGCGAGCUUAAAACUCACUCGCCUCACGAUGUCCAGCCCUCAGCUGCCGCCAGUACAGCGCAAAUCGAGGGCGGCGCAGCCGCAGACCCUUUGCAACCACCACAGAAGGCGCCAAGAAAACGCGGUCGUCCACCAAAGGAAAGACCACUAGAUCCAGAUGGCCAACCGAUCACGACUCCAAAAGUCCCGCAGGGUGUCAAGGCCUCCAAAUCACCUAACUUUAUUAAGCCUGAGAUCAUUGCCCGGCCUCGAUCUUCCAUCCCCGCCCGCCUGCCCGCAGAUGUAUAUGCUAGUCAAUGCAUCGAGGCGGCAGCAUCGUCCCGUCUGGACCCAUACUCUCUGCACCCGGGCGAGCAUAAGUUGUUGGUCGACUUAUUGAUGUCUAAGGAAGUCACCGUUUACCUCAAUGUCCGCAAUGCAAUCCUUCGGCUUUGGACGCAGAAUCCGCUUUGCAGCGUCACGAGUGAAGAAGCCGCCGGCUGUGCGAAGGAGACACGAUUCUUUGGCAUUGCUGAGGCCGCCUAUCGAUGGCUGAUACGCAAUGGAUAUAUCAACUUUGGCUGCGUGGAAGUUCCCAGAGAUCAAUCGUUACCAAAAAAGCUCGGCAGAGAUAUGAGGCAACGAACUGUGGUGGUUGUCGGCGCAGGUGUUUCAGGACUCACAGCGGCACGUCAACUUGAGAGCCUGUUCGUGCAAGAAGCAGCGAAGUGGGUUGAGAUGAACGAGCGACCACCGCGGGUCAUUGUGUUGGAGGGAAGGAAACGAAUUGGUGGUCGUGUAUACUCCAAGCCCUUGAGAUCUCAGGUCGUGGGCAGUUUGCCAGACGACUUGCGCAACACGGCGGAAACCGGGGCAAUGAUUGUAACGGGAUUCGAUCACGGGAACCCUCUCGAUACCGUCAUCCGUGGCCAGCUGGGCUUACGAUAUCACCUUAUGAGAGACGCCUUGACAAUCUAUGACACCGAUGGCAGUCCGAUCGAUGAGACCCAAGACAAACUCAAUACUGACUUGUACACCGACAUCUCUGACCGCGCCGGAGCAUACAGAGCUGAAGCACGGAAACCACAGACUCUAGAAGGCGACGAAGAUCUCAUCAACCGAUGUCGCGACCCUCCGCCCGACGGUUUCGCAGCUUUUCAUCUUGAGCCUCUCCCUGAGGCGCACAUCAAGUCGUACAAGCCGUCGGCAAGAAGAGGCAGGAGGCGAAAUGCACCACCCGGUACGGAAAAGCUCACCGGCCGAAGCGAGGUGAUCGAGGGCGACACCGCAAUCCACAGUGCCUCAAAAGCUGUCAAAGAUAUGGGCUGGCGCGUAAAAGAGGGUGUAGCCAAGAAUCAGAGUGUAUCUUUACACAAAGCCGCAUCUUCCUCCGCCCACCCUACCCUUGGCAAAGUCAUGGACGAGGCCAUUACGCAGUACCAGGAUCUUAUCGACCUCACACCGCUGGACAUGCGACUUCUGAACUGGCACCACGCGAACUUGGAGUACGCCAAUGCCGCGCCCGUGACCUCUCUCAGCUUGAGUGGUCAUGACCAGGACACUGGUAAUGAGUUUGAAGGAGMCCACUCAGAGAUCAUUGGUGGAUAUACGCAGCUUCCUCGGGGGCUGAUGAACCUCCCGACCAAGCUGGAUGUACGCUUCGAUCGAAUCAUCGAAAGCAUACAUUACGAAAACGGCGAUGAGAGUAACGGACCACUUACCACGAGGAUUGUGUGCACCGAUGGCGAGGUCAUUGAAGCUGAUGAGAUUGUCAUGACUGUUCCUCUCGGCGUGCUGAAGUCUGACAUGGUCGAUUUCGACCCUCCUCUUCCGAGCUGGAAGCGUGGCGCGAUCAGUCGCAUGGGCUUUGGGCUGCUGAACAAGGUGAUCCUGCUUUACGACAAGCCGUUCUGGGACGAAGACCGUGACAUGUUUGGUCUGCUCAACGAAGCCGAAAGAGCAGCCAGCCUCGAUCCUUCUGAUUAUGAAAAGAGAAGAGGCCGCUUUUAUCUUAUAUGGAACGCUUCCAAGACUAGCGGGCGACCAGUGCUCGUUGCGCUAAUGGCUGGCAACGCGGCACACGAUGCGGAGUUUACGGAUACAAAGACGCUCCUGAGCGAAGUCACAGAGAGGCUGAGUGGCGUCUUCACGUCGGCUGAAGUACCAGCACCGCGCGAGGUUAUUGUCACACGGUGGAAACGAGAUCCAUUCUCGAGAGGCACAUAUUCGUACGUCGCACCGGAAACGCGGCCAGGUGAUUACGACAUCAUGGCAAGAUCCGUGGGCAACCUUCACUUCGCAGGAGRAGCGACUUGUGGGACACAUCCAGCUACCGUACACGGCGCCUUUCUAUCCGGGCUGAGGGUCGCCUCGGAGGUUAUGGAUGACAUGGCUGGUCUGAUCAGCCUGCCGAACCCGUUGGUGGGCCCUGGUCCUGUGAAGCCCGAGACACAUGCGAUGUACACCAUGCCUUUUGCUCCAGCAGAAUCGCACGGACAGCUUUCCUUGGAUACGGAAGGAGGGGCGCACAUGGUCGAAGCGAAUGCCCCUUCCGCAAUCAAGCUUGAAGAGGACACAACACAGCCAGCCACUGAUGCAACGGCUCAGUCAUCUGUCCAUUCGGUAUCAGCGCCAAAGAAACUCAGCGGCCCACCGAAGCAAAGUGUUUGCCCAACCGACACGUCCUUUUGGGUGUCCGCUUCUGCUUCCUACGACAGUUCGGAUCUCGAUUACGAAGCCUCGAUCGUCGCUGUGACUCUUUCUCGGAUUGGCGACCGUCCUAUGAAGCCUGCUCGACCAGGCGUCAAUCCCUUUCUCCUCUUUACUAAAGAUAAGUGGGAAGAUGUCAAAGCGUUCUGCGCCAAGGAGUAUGCUUCAUCGGGGCGGGACAUGAUCCGACAAACGAUUGGAAAGUGGUGGAAAGCUGCCACUGAUCAGGAUAAACAACCAUAUCUCGUACAGAGUCAGGCUGCGCAGGAGCAGGCGGAUGCUAUCAGGAGGGAGUGGGAGACCGCUGUUGCGAAGUGGGAUGCCGAUGCCAAGAGUAUCCGAGGAGAGUACAUGGCCGAGCAUCCUCCCAUGCGUGUAAGUGGCAUUUCGGCUGGAGCGGCUGGUGCAAGGUCAGGCGAAGCCAUUGGAGUGAGCAAGAGGAAGACCAAUGUCAGCAAUUGUGUGGUUUUGGACCACGCGUAA